GACUGAGCAGUCAGAGAAGAGCAGGCACCAGGCUCCUGGGAUCCCUCAGCAUGUUGCCAAGGCUUCUUUUCAUGGCCACUCUUCUUCUUUCUCCAGUUGCAGUGAAUUCUAUCAAGGAUCACUCUGGACUAAAAUAUGAAGUGGUGUAUCCCCAAAGACUUCAUCCACUGCACAAAAGAGAGGUCAAUGAGAACGACCAACAGGACAAAUUUGAAACUGAACUGAAGUAUAAAAUGACAGUUAAUGGAAAAGUUGCAGUACUUUAUUUGAAAAAAAGCAAAGAUCUCCUUGCACCAGGUUACACGGAGACACAUUAUAAUUCUACUGGAAAAGAGGUUACCACAAGCCCACAGAUCAUGGAUGACUGUUACUACCAAGGACACAUCAUUGAUGAAAAUGUUUCUGAUGCUAGCAUCAGCACAUGUAAGGGUCUAAGGGGCUACUUCAGUCAAGGAGAUCAAAGGUAUUUCAUUGAACCUUUGGGCCCCACAGAUGAGGAUGAACAGAUGCAUGCACUUUACCAACAUGACCCCAAUGAAAAGACCAACAGCACCUGUGGGACUGAUGACGUACUCUGGGCACAUGGAUCUCAGCAGAAUGUGCUUCCACCUAUCAUCAGUCUGGUUAAAUCAAACAAUCACAACCAGAAGGCUCAAGAGCGUAAGAAAUAUAUAGAAUAUUACUUGGUCCUGGAUAAUGGUGAGUUUAAAAAGUACAAGCAAGAUCCAAAGGAAAUAAGAAAGAGGGUGUUUGAGAUGACCAAUUAUGUCAACAUGCUCUAUAAAAAGUUGAAUACUCAUGUGGCUUUAGUUGGAAUGGAAAUUUGGAAUGAUGCUGAUAAAAUAAAGAUAAGCCCGAAUGCAAGUGUCACCUUGGACAAUUUUUCUAAAUGGAGGGGCAGUGUUCUCCCGAGAAGAAAGCGUCAUGAUAUUGCUCAGUUAAUCACGGCAACUAAACUUUCAGGAACGACUGUGGGCCUUGCCUUCAUAUCUACAAUGUGCUCUCCUUAUCACUCUGUUGGCAUUGUGCAGGACCACAGUGACAAUGUGCUUAGGGUUGCAGGGACCAUGGCCCAUGAAAUGGGUCAUAACUUUGGAAUGAGUCAUGACUCCUAUCUUUGCAAGUGCCCUUCUACAAUAUGUGUUAUGGACAAAGCACUAAGCUUCUAUAUACCUACGGACUUUAGUUCCUGCAGCCGUGGCAGCUAUGACAAAUUCUUUGAAGAUAAAUUAUCAAAUUGCAUCUUUAAUGUCCCAUUGCCUACAGAUAUCAUAUCCUCUCCAAUCUGUGGGAACCAAUUGGUGGAGAUGGGAGAAGACUGUGACUGUGGGACCCCAGAGGAAUGUACCAAUAUUUGCUGUGAUGCUAAAACAUGUAAAAUCAAAUCCCGCUUUCAAUGUGCAUUGGGGGAAUGCUGUGAAAAAUGCCAGUUUAAAAAACCUGGCACUGUGUGCAGAGCAGCAAAAGAUGAGUGUGACCUUCCAGAAAUGUGUGAUGGAAAAUCUAGUAUUUGUCCUGAAGACAGAUUCCGAGUCAAUGGCUUUCCGUGUCAAAAUGGGAAAGGCUACUGCUUAAUGGGGACGUGCCCUACACUGCAGGAACAGUGCACAGAGCUGUGGGGAUCAGCAUCGCAGGUUGCUAAUAAGGCAUGUUACAGCAAGAAUGAAGGUGGGUCAAAGUAUGGGUACUGUCGCAGAGUGGAUGACAUACGCAUUCCCUGCAAAGCUAACGAUGUUAUGUGUGGGAAGUUGUUCUGUCAAGGAGGGUCAAAUUAUUUGCCCUGGAAUGGACGAAUAGUAACUUUCCAGACAUGUAGAACAUUUGAUCCUGAAGACCCCAGGCUAGAAGUAGACAUGGUUGCCAAUGGGACUAAGUGUGGAAACAAGAAGGUUUGCAUCAAUGCUGAAUGUGUGGAUAUUGAGAGAGCUUACAAAUCGACCAAUUGUUCAUCCAAGUGUAAAGGCCAUGCUGUGUGUGACCAUGAGCUCCAGUGUCAGUGUCAAGAAGGAUGGGCUCCUCCUGACUGUGAUGAUGCCUCAGUGGUUUUCAACUUCUCCAUUGUGGUUGGAGUGCUGUUCCCUGUAGCUGUCAUAUUUGUGGUGGUUGCUAUAGUAAUCCGGCACAAAAGCACCAGAGGAAAACAGAAGAAAGUCCAAAAGUCACUAGCUACCAUUAAUGGUAGGCCUCACCAACAAAAGAGGAAGCCUCAGACUGUGAAGGCUGUUCAGUCUCAAGAGAUGAAUCAGAUAAAGGUGCCUGUACCUGAUUUACCAGUAGAAUGUAGAGAACCUCCAGCUGCUUUUCUAAUGACAAAGCCUGAUUUUCCACCACCACCAAUUCCUACGACCGUGUCAUCUUCCUCAUUCCUUCAUAAAGACACAAAAGUACUUCCCUCUACUGUUUUCAAGAGUAAGUCCGUGUCUACGCCUAAGGGCUCAAAUCCAAAAGUCUGAAGCAACAACUAAGGAAGUAUCGGUGAAUGAAUCUAGAUGAAAAUAUAGACAAUCUGGAUGGAAGAGAAAUAUACUUUCCAAUUACUGUUUACUCUCAAUAACCUGAGAGGUUAACAAUUCUUGAUCCAUAUUAUACUUUGAGGAGGUCCUAUAAAAUUUUUUCCAUGAAAGACAAGCUCUUGAGGAAAUUUGCGUGAAUGAAAAUGACUGGUCUCCAUCCCUGUGACAAGGAAGGUGACUAACAUAACAACUCUGAAGCUGAAAUUCUCUAUGUGACUUUCCUAUUAUCUUUUUUUUUACUUUGAUAAAAAAUUAUUUCUUUAAAUACUUUGAAAACUGAUUUUCUCAUUUGGUUGAAAUUGAUUCAUCCUUUAAUGAAAACAAAAGAAGAACUAAAAAAUCUACAUGUUUAGGGAGUCGGGCUGUAGCGCAGCGGGUUAAGCGCAGGUGACGCAAAGCACAAGGACCGGCAUAAGGAUCCCGGUUCGAACCCCGGCUCCCCACCUGCAGGGGAGUCGCUUCACAGGCGGUGAAGCAGGUCUGCAGGUGUCUAUCUUCCUCUCUGUCUUCCCCUCUUCUCUCCAUU